GUCAUCAAGUAUCCUUUCUGUUUACAUAGUCAUUAAAGUUGCCCUAUAUUCUUAUUCCUUUCCUCCCUCUUGAGAGACCUUCAGAUAUUGUGGGCUACGGUUAUUUAUGGAACGUUAUAGUGCUGUGAUUUUUAACGUAUAUGUGGUGAUUAAUCAUUUUAAGCGACAUGGAUACCAUAAAUGUAUUUAUUGUAGUCGUGGCAACCUUUUAUAUGCCAAUGAGAGUGACCUGUUCAGAGGUUGAAUUAUGUGGUCCCCAUCUAGUCUGUGUUCCCCCAUCCCGGUGUGGUUGGAAAGAUUUAGGGGAUCAAAAAUCCUAUUCAUGUGGAAGACAGAACCCUAGUUACGUAUGUUGCCCUGUCAGUCAUGUGAGUGGAGAAACUCCUGGAUAUGGACAGCCUGCUGGUUACAGCCAAAAUGAAGUCCCCAAUCUUAAUCCUGGGUAUCAAAGCAGCCCCAACCAGUAUGGAAGUGGAUUCGGCAGACCUGGAUAUAGCGGACCAGGCGGUUAUGGUGGCGGACCAGGCGGUUAUGGUGGCGGACCAGGCGGUUAUGGUGGCGGACCAGGCGGUUAUGGUGGCGGACCAGGCGGUUAUGGUGGCGGACCAGGCGGUUAUGGUGGCGGACCAGGCGGUUAUGGUGGCGGACCAGGCGGUUAUGGUGGCGGACCAGGCGGUUUUCCUGGUGGACCAGGCGAUUAUGGUGGACCAGAUAGAUAUGGUGUAUAUACUGAAUCGCAGGGAAGUUACAGGGAUAACAAGUAUGGCCCAUCCUACCUGGACUUCUAUAAUGAUCAGUAUGAAAAACACUUCGGAUAUACUUUGUCAAAACAAGCGAAGGAACUGUUGCGUAAUUAUAGAGCUAAAGAGGAAUGUGGUGUUAGAAACCAAUCUCCAGCAGAUAUGGCCAGGAUUGCAACUGGUUACCUCCAUGAUUAUGGUUUCACAAGCUUUGCGGAGUUCCCAUGGCAUGUAGCUCUUCUUGUGGAGCAAAGGAAUUUUGGUUAUGGCGGAGAACCUACCUAUAGAUAUCACUGUGGUGCCACAUUAAUUCACAGGUCUCUACUUAUUACAGCAGCUCAUUGUGUGAGAGGUAUACUUCCUCAUAAGUUACUAGCACAUCUUGGUGAGUGGAAUCUGCAAGGUACAACAGGAGAAUUAUUCCCUGCCAUUAAAAGAAAGAUCUCAAAGGUUUUCAUUCAUAGUGGGUAUAACCCAGGUACAUACAAAAAUGAUAUUGCAUUACUUCAAAUGCAUGAGCCAGUGGACACACACAGAACUCCUCACAUUGGGCCAGUAUGUUUACCUAAGGCAGAUUAUGAGCUUAAAGAUCAUAGCAAAUGCUUCAUAGUAGGAUGGGGUGAUGAUGUUUACAAGCCCAACUUUGGAAGCAAUAUUUUGAAGAGUGUUUCUGUCACAUACGCAUUAGAAAAGGAAUGCACGAGCAGAUUGUAUGCCUCGCUGAAGGAUCUUGACGACAAGUUUACUUUGGAUACAGAUUCACAGAAGUGCAUCCUAGGUGCUUAUGGGAAAGAUGCUUGUGUUGGAGAUGGUGGCGGAGGAGUGGUUUGCCCUCUGUCGAGAGAUGAAGGCCCAGAUGUCUGCAAUUCUCCAAAUUGUGCUCAUGAACACUAUUUCCUUUUUGGUGUAAUUUCUUAUGGGUCUCCUGUUUGUGGUGAAAACUCUGUAACAAUCAUUACAGAUGUUGUUAAAAACUUGAAUUGGAUCUACACAUUACUAGAACCAGCAGGGGGAUUAAAGAAUUAUGAUCAUCAUUAUUAUAAUAAAGGGCCAGGCCCUUUCAGACCACCUUUUAAAGGAAGAACUACUGCUGAUGAGGAAGCUGUUGCUGCUUCUGAUGUAAAUGCUACAAGUACUGAAGGAGUAUAGCAGUCUAAAACUGUUACUAAUAUUACAAAGGUUGUGCUUCUUCGAAGUAAAUAAAUUGAAUUAAAAGC